AUGGAGGACCCGAACAGACCUCAGCGGAAAAUGUCAAGAGCAGGGGACAGUCUGUACAAAGUCCUGGGUCUGGAGAAAGGAGCCACUCCGGAUGAAAUAAAAAAGGCUUACAGGUGUGUGUUCAUGUCAGUUGUUAAGUCUUAUCAUUUCCUUCAGACAAAUAAAAGUGAAUUAAUCUUUUCUGUAAAAGUUUAAUUUUAAGUGAAGUUUUUAUAAACUGAGCAGGUGCAUGAAUGCAGCAUUGACCAUUUUCUCUUCCUGUUAAAUUAAUUACUGAAUCAAAUUUACACACUUUUAAUAUGAACUUGUUAGUUUUUUUUCUUCUAAUUUUCUGUAAAAUACUGUAGAAUUUAAUAUAGUCAUGGUUUUAGCAGCGAAUACUAUCUAAUUUCUUGUGCAAAUGUGUUAGUUGUGUACCUUAAAGCUUCUGUGAGGACUUUUUUUGACAUUAAUGAAUUGCACUGAUAUUCUUGUUGAUGCCUUUUUAUAACAUCCAAAAGCAAUCAAGACCAUCAGCGACAUACUUGAUGAUUUUUAUAUUGUAAAUCUUGAUGUGAAGGGGGUAGGUGUCAGCUGAGGAAACAAUAAAUGAUACAUUUGUCUGUCAAAAACCAACAGGAUGAGAUACUAAGGUCCAUGUAUUAUCCGUACAUUCAAUUAUUCCAUUUAAUCUAGUAAACGAAAAAAACUAAAAAAAUAGCCAAUACUUUGUUUAUUUGUUUUUCUGUGUAACUAAAAAAUAAAAAAAUAGUGUUUUGUUUUCGUAAUUUCAGCUCAAAACAGAAUAUAUAAUAGAGAAGGAAACGAAAACGAAAAAUAAUGAAUCUUAUUUACAACUAGAAAAAUUGCAUUUCCUUGCAGAAAAUGCGUGGAAAUGCUGAGUGCUGAAAGCUGAAAAAGCAAUGCAAAACUGCAAUUAAAAAAUGGAGGAAGGUAUGAAUGGAAAAACUGUUGAAAAGGUGGAGUAGAAGAAGAAAUUGUAUGAAUGGAAGAAUUGUAGUAUAGCUUAAGGUAAAUUAGUUGGAUUAAUGUACAAAUUGUCUGAUAGCCUAAGUGAAAAAUGUAUAUGAUUGAUGUGAAUAAACAGAACUGAUAUGGAUAAUUGAAUUUGAAAAACAAAUGCCUUUAAACAAUGUGUAACAAUGUUCCUAUUAAAUGUACAAAUAGUAAAACAGAUUUUUGCAGUCUGCAGCAUCCAACCAUAGUAACUUGAGAAUGCAGAACAGCACCAUCUAUUGCCCUGCUUCAGUUACUGCCCUACAUCUGAAUGUAGAAAGUAUGAAACAGCUGAAGUUAAAUUAAUUGUAUAAAUGUAGAAAGUAUAGAAAAGAAAAGCAAAAGUAGAAGAAAAAGAAGAAGUUAGUAUGUUAAAAGAGUUAAAGACAAUAACUGUAAAAACAAAGUUAAUAUUGGGGGUGUAUUUUCUACUGACAGAGAGACAGUAAUGCACGCAUGGAAACAGUGUGUGUGUGUGUGUGUGUGUGUGUGUGUGUGUGUGUGUGUGUGUGUGUGUGUGUGUGCGCGCGCACGAGCGGCCGAGCCCGAGCGUGUGUCAUCGAAGCACACAGCCCAUGACAAGUGCAGAAUCUCUGGCUCUGAACGAAUGUAUUCACCUCUUGGGCAAACUGUACAAUUUGAUGACUUCAGACCUAUUUUGUGAGAAGCAGGACGAGUGUACCUCCAUUUUGAUGUGUUUUUUAUCGCUGUGGAGUGAAAAUUGCGGCCGUGGCAGCAAAAUAAUCAUGCUUGGUCUAGUGAAUCCAAAAGGCUCCGCCCGCAUCUAGUGAUGACGUCACACGCUGUAGCGUGAGUCAGGCUGAAAAAGGCAGAAAACUUCAUGUUGCUCCAAGCGAAAUUGUGCAAAAACGGUAGGAAAUAGCAAAAAGGAGUGAAUACAACAUUUGUAGCAGACACGUUGCUGAACAUUUUAAAGCAAAAAUGAGGUCUGUAGGUGAAAGUAUGCAGAAGUUAUAAGGGUGAGAAGGUGUUAUAGCUUUAUCUCCAUUCAUUUGUAAUGGAACAAAUUUUGCAGAAAAAGUGAAAUAUUGCAAAAAGUAUAAAUGGUAGAAAGGUGAAAAGUACUAGCAAUAAUGUCCUGAAGGAGUGCAUUAGUAUAAAGUUUGAAUGGUAAAAAUAGCACAAAGUGGUAAGGAGUUGAAAAGGGCCAAAAAAGGUACGGAAGAAUAAUAAUAAAAAUAAUAAUAAUAAUAAAGAAAUAGUAGAAUAACAAUAAGUGGAAAUGCUGUGUCAGCAUUUCCACUUAAUUAUUGAUUUUGAGUUCGCCUGUUUUGAGCAUGAUCCUCAGCAACAGUUACCUUGGCGAAAGAUGCGAUGGAGUGGUUCGAGCGCCAAAAUCUUAAAUUGUAAGAGCGCUCUGGUUGUAAUUUUUUCUACAAUCGUAUCUUCUUCCUUCAGCGUGACCCUCCUGGCGGCCUUGAAUAAUACGUAGGAUGCGUAGAUUUCGCAGAAUAGUAGUAAGUAAGCAUUAGUAAUGAUAGCAACAAAUUGCUACUGUAUGCGUGAGUCACACUUAAACCGCCUUUGAGCCACUAUAUUAUAUCAACUUGUUUAUUGCAUGAGUUGAUAACCCUGUAGUGUGCAAGGAUCAAGGAUCAAGGAUGUCUUUAUUAUCCAGAGAGGCGAUUUGUUUUACAGCCAGCAAAAUCACAAGACAAUAGAAAAGAGAAGCAGCACACUAAAUUGGUUUUAAAUGGAGAAAUCUCACAACCUUCUUCAUUUUUAUGUUUCUGGAGAAAUCCACCAAGAGUUCAAUCCUAAUACAUAUAUGCCAAGUCCCAAACUUAUCCUCAACAAUCUCUUUAAAAACCUUAUGUAAUUACACACUUAAGCUGACAUUAUGUGUCCGAUAUCAGCGUGUGAAUGCUCGGGGCAGAACACAAAACAAACAAGGUGAACAAAUAUUGAGAAUGUCAAGACAUAUUAGAAACACAAGGCUGCAGUUUCAGAGCUUAAGAGCUCAUGCAGCAUUUUAUGUUUCCAUUUAAGUCUAAGCGUCAACAAAUUAAUCAUGACUACUAGACCCCAACCGAUAUGGAUUUUUUUGGGCCGAUGUCGGUACCGAUUAUUAGGGGAGGGGGGAAUCCAAUUACCGAUUAAUCGCUGACAGGAAGACCGACUGAUCAAAGUUGGAGCAGAAAGCGCUUUCAACCCCCCACCUGCUGCCGCCGCUGCCGAUUGGUGCCUUCGUGUCUUAACUCACGUUACACAUUUCCGGUCCGGUCUCACCUGGAGACAUGCAGCUGCCUCAGUAAGAGAAGUUGCUUGAUCUCGUAAUUUGUACUGUUGUUUAUUCUACCGUUACUGGCACGGCUAACUUUGUAGCAAGGCUAAUAGCAGAUGGCUAACUCUAACUUUAGCUUGCAAAUUACAUGGUGCUUCACCGUUAACUCGGCGUGACCGAGACCAGCACAGCGGGGAUCAUCGUGAAGUGGGUUGAACUGAAACUUGUUGACUUGUUUAUUUCACAAACUGGUUGUCAGAAAAAUAAUACUGCAUCUGACUUGCUCAGCUGAGAAGAACGACAGCGAUGGUGAACUUCUUUUUCGUGGAUAUCUUUUACUUGCAAGGAGUCAGCAGCUUACAACAAAAGCAGCUUCCUCUGACUGAGGAAUUCAGAUUUUUACACAUCCUUUAUGCAAUCAAGAAACAGACACCCCCGCCCACUAACAUCAUCUCACAAGUGGCAUGACAUUACAACAGUAUCCAAAUAGGGUACAGGUUACAAAGACAGCUUAGUUCAUCAUCAGUUUCCUGCUUAUCAGUUCAAUGUCACACUGUUGGGAAAACAACCUGUGAGUGAAAUUAUAGCAUUCAUCUAGUUGCAUGGCUUCAGCAGAAAAGUAUCAGUCCCAACUCCGAGGUCAUACUUUUCCUUUCCCAUGCUCCUUAAAAAGAAACAGAUAUGACUCUGUCAAAUUUAUGACAAAGACAUGCUUGUUGGCAGGAAACUGGCACUGAGGCAUCACCCUGAUAAGAACCCAGACAAUCCAGAAGCAGCUGAGAAAUUCAAAGAGAUCAACAACGCCAACUCAAUCCUCAGUGAUGAAGACAAGCGCAAGAUCUACGAUGAGUACGGCUCCAUGGGUCUCUAUGUGGCAGAACAGUUCGGGGAUGAGAGCGUCAAAUACUACUUCCUCAUGUCCAAAUGCUGGUUCAAGGUAAGAAAUUUAAAGAAGCAGCGGGAUAUCUUUAAAUCCUUUCUGUAACCCUAACCAAUCACACACGCUUUAAUUGACUCUAAGUUAAUAAGGUGAAGUUACAGCGUAAAAGCAGAACUUAUGAACUGACAUUUGUCUAAUCUCCUUGGUAUUUAGGCCCUUGUGGUGUGCAUCGGUAUUUUCACUUGCUGUUGCUGUUUGUGCUGCUGCUGUUUCUGCUGCGGGAAAUGCAAAUCUCCAGAAGACGAGGAACACUUUCCCUACAUGGACCCUGAAGACCUCGAGGCUGAGAUCAGAGAUCAGGAUGCCAGUAAGUUGUUCCAUCAUUUGGGUUCACUUCUGCUUUUUGUAGGUAUGAAGUAAGAUCGCUCACAUUAAGAAUCAGUGCAACUUUUGAGGAAUCACGUGAGGUUGAUGUCUGUUGCGUGGACCUGCACAUGGAAGUGAGUCAAAGUGAGACAGAAAGCUGUUUUAUUGGAGUCAGAUUUCAAAAUCGUUCUGGAGAAAGUCUUAGUUGGCUGAACCAAACGCAGAAACGCAGACAGCAACCUAACUUCAGGAUGUUAAAAAACACCAGGAGGCUUCAGGAACACAAAUAUAUGAUCAGCCGACUGAUUUGCCGUUAUAAUUCUACUAUGGACAGAUGCAAGUUCUGACAUGAAGAUACAUCUCAUUAAUGUAGAUGUAAUAUAAAAGCCAGUGUCCAAAUGAAGAAUUUUUUAAGAGGAAGAUGGAGUUUGAGCUCUUAACUCGCUGGAGAGGACAUAGAGAAGUGUUGACCAAAGAGCCUUAAUAAAAUGAACAAUCACAACAUGAAAGUUAAGUGAACUGUUGCACUUAUUUGUUCUCUAGUUUAGAACGAGAUUUAAGGUCCUUACACCCCACGACCAUUUUUGUCGUGCGAUUAUUUCAGACGUCAAUGUUUUUUUUUCGAACCCGUAUCCUGUCAGUUCAAGCGUUCACAUCAGCGACAUUUUCCCGUCCUGCGAUACUGCAGCAUUUAUUUUUUCGGAUCACAGUCGAUUUUUCUAAAGUUUUGCAUACUGUGUGUCCACUUCUGACCAAUCAGAUUGCAUGUUGUUGCGACUUCUGAUUCACCGGUAUUUCCAACGAAUCCGACCGGCUGAUUGUUUACGUGUUGGAGAACAGAGUGCAUUUUGAUAAAAGACACAAAUAUUACAAAGAUAACGACCUGAAGGACGACUUGUGGAGAGUCAUAGCGUCAGAUUUCUGAUAUGACGAUGGUUUGUGAGCUUUAACAGUUUGCUAAACAUCUUUGUUUUAACUUCUGUGCUAACGUAAGCUAACAGGUGUUACCAUAGUUUCAUGUGCUUAUCUGGUACUGGCCCCGACUCACUUGAAGUUGAGUAGACUCCAUUUUUGUCUUCUCGCUUCCAUCCGGGACGCUGUAGUUAUAAGUGCUGACCAUUUGGCUUGAGCGCGUGAUGACGUUUCCAGCUUUUCUAGCCAUUCAGAGGCGCAGGAGGCGGGACUUUCCCCGGGAAAAGUCUUCCCCGGGAUGCAUCUUUUUUCCCCCUGGAAAGGCGCAAAAUCACAUCGGGCUUGAUGUGUAUAGUCAGCCACGUCAAAAUUCGGCUCCAAAUAUUUCAUAAUUUCGCGUUCUAUAUUCGCGUCUGCCCCGGUGUGAAAGGACCUUAAGAGAGCAGUACCACUUUUACACUACACUGUAAAACUAAUCUUACUUCACUUUUCUUGGAGCUUCGGUAUCGCCUCGGUUAAACGCUCAAAAAUUGUAGAUCACUGAUUAGAAGGAGAGAAACUUCACCCAAGCCAAAAACAGACUCAAACAGCCAUCUCCACAAUUACUGUACAGAUCCAAGACAGGUCUUUGUGUUUCCUUCCAGCUAACAGGAGGAAAGAACAUCCAGUGUCAAACUUUUCCUCCAAAUCUUGCUCUCUGUGAUACUUCACCUCUGUCAACUUUCCUCUCUCUGUGUCCUCAGUUGUGACAUUAAACAGUCAUUGUUUUAGGAAUAAGUAUCGGGUGCAUGGGUUUGCUCAGUGCUACAUUUUGUUCCACAGCAGGAGAUCAUGUAAUAAUUAUUCAGCCGAGCCCUAGCGCUGCCGCUGACGCUUCAGGUGAAGCUGUCAUCUCUACAGGUAAAGUUUACCUCAGCUGGCUGCUGCUCUGUGCUGCUUCAUUCAUCUGGCAAAAGCUAAAGCAGUGUUGCACCACAGACGAGUUUCUGUUUUAACCGCCUUUAACAGCACUGUGUUCGCAUUGACCGUGAAUUUGUCACUUCAUCUGCUUACAUUAGACGCAAGUGCAUCAAUAACUUCAUAUGAGUGCUGCAGCAAAAUCCUAACAGCUGUUAUUUAAUGUUUCUUGAGCCUGAUUGAAUAACCUUUCUUGCUUUUACUUGCCAUUGUUAACAGAAAGCUUUCUAGAAAUAUUAAUUCAAGCUCAGGAGCUUCAAAUCAUGAUCAGCGGUUUUCAAUUUGGAGAUAAUCAAGAAGUCGAGCUCUCAGUUUUGAUUGUUAUUCCUGUUGGUGUUAAUGUGCCAGCUCUUAGGCACCAGGAUUUUCAUGAACAAAACAACAAUUUAUUGGUUUUUAAAGAUCCACAAAGUAAUAAAAAAAUGUCAAAGAUUCUCUGGUUUCAAAUGUAAGAGAUGAUUUUUUUUUUGGUGUUUAAAAUAACUUUUCAUCCAGACAUGAAACUGUAAAAACGUCUGAUCAGAAAAGAAGUUUAAAGCCCUGAAAUGUGUGCAUGAAAACUUCAUAUGAACAGCAGAUAUGAACACUUUAAAAACCAGUGAAUGUUUGACAUUUCUGCUCAAUGAAUGCUUCAACAAAACACUAAGGAAAAGUUGUUUCUGAUUAAAAACAUCUGCAAAUAUUAACCAAAUCAUCUCAUUUAACUUUAAAGUGAUCAUGGACUGUUUCUAAGAAGUGGACAGAGCCUUUGUGCAGGAAUGACCUCUCUGAUCUGAAACGUUUGGUUUGGUUUGGUAGUUAAAGCCACAGGUGCCCAAAUAUGGAAUAAAGGGUGGAGCUUGAGGAGCCACUUAGUCAUCAACUAAUGCUUGUACAAAUUAGUACUACCAAGGUGAAAUCUUUAAACCACAGCCUCUGUGACAUGGAUGUAGAUAUUUAUUCCUUAUGCUAAAUAUAAACAUCAAAAACUUAAAGAGUGCAUUUUAAAGGUGUGUUAGUGACUUGUAACUCAGAAGUCUUAAUCAUAACCUGCUUUAGUGAUAAUAAUUCAUAAAAUAAAUGUAUUAAUAAUAAGCUGAAUCUACUGGUGGACAACCACUAGUUGAGAAAUUUACUUUUAAAGUUCUAGAUUUGCACUUUUUUUCUAAGUCGUUUUGUCAUGAAAAUAAAGUCAAGAAAAUCUCUUUUGAAGGUGAAUACCAUACUUCGUUUUCUUUAAUGUGGCUCUUCUACUCUGUCCUAAUUAAAGAAAUGAAAAAGGAGGCAUUUUUUUUUCAUGGAAUUUGAUUAAUUAUAAAUUCCUCUUGCAAUUAGGGUGGCUUAUCUCUACUGCGGUUAGAAAUAUGCAAAUUUUUAAGUUCUUCCUGUAGAGGGUUUUAGCUGGUAGGGAAAUAGACAGAAACACACAGUGAUGUCUCCCAUCAGCAAGAGGUGUGACUGAGCGUGUCACUUACUGUCCACAGAGGGCGCCAGAAACAAAACUGAAAAUUACUCACUGUAGCUGCUUCAUUUUUCAGCUCUAGAAGGCCACGUCCACUUCUUAUAAACUGUCCUUAAACAAACAGCUGUGUUUGGCUUAAGGCUGAAAGAAAAAGACAUAAAAAAAAACAGGAUCAAGCUAUUUGAAAUAAUACCUGUCUUCCUUUCACAUCUUCAGGUGAGAAUGCACCCAUUGUGAUUCAGCCUCAUGCGACCAACGGCAGCCCAGGGCCCUGA